AUGGCUCCCUCCCACGAGGCCGAGACGGCUGAGCGUCCCAACAAGUACACCUGGAGCUGGUUCUACCGCAAGUUCAGACCUAUCAUUCACUUCCUCAUCUGGACUCUGUUUACUGUCUGGUGGGCGUACGGUCUGGUUCACUACCGCAACGACCCUGGCUUGGGUUGGCUCAAGCCCUUCCUCUUCUGGCUCGCCGUCACCAUCCGUAUCGUCACCCUCUGGAUCCCGAUCAAAUAUGUCAUGAACCCCGUCAAGACGGUCUACCGCCACACUCUGUACCGCGGCUACGAGGCCAUCCCCGCGAAGCUGCACAAGCCGCUGGCCGCGGUCGUCACUGUCGGUGUGUUCUUGAUCGGUUCCAUGGUUCCCGAGGAGUCUGGCGAGAACACCCGGGCGGCUCGUGCCCAGUCUCUGUUUGGUCUGAUUGUCAUGAUCGCCAUCAUGACUCUCACUUCCCGCAACUGGUCGGUGAUUCCUUGGCACACCGUCAUUGGUGGCAUGCUCACCCAGUUCAUUGUUGCUGUCUUCGUCCUCCGCACCCAGGCCGGUUUCGACAUCUUCAACUUCGUCUCCGAGAUGGCUCGCACCCUGCUUGGCUUCGCCAACGCCGGUGUCAUCUUCUUGACUGACGACACUGUGCCCAAGCUGCCUUGGUUCUUCACCGGUGUCAUUCCCGCCAUCAUCUUCUUCGUCGCGCUCGUCUCGCUUCUGUACCACGUUGGCCUCAUCCAGUGGUUCAUUGGCAAGUUCGCCGUCUUCUUCUUCUGGACUCUCCGCGUGUCCGGUGCUGAGGCCGUCGUCGCGUCUGCCACCCCCUUCAUUGGCCAGGGUGAAUCCGCCAUGCUUAUCCGUCCCUUCGUCAGCCACCUGACCAUGGCCGAGCUUCACCAGGUCAUGACCUGUGGUUUCGCCACCAUUGCUGGUUCCGUCCUGGUUGCCUAUAUUGGUAUGGGUCUCAACGCCCAGGCCCUCGUCUCGUCCUGCAUUAUGUCUAUCCCCGCCUCGAUUGCCAUCUCCAAGAUGCGCUAUCCCGAGACUGAGGAGACCCUGACCUCUGGCCGUGUCGUCGUCCCCGAUGAUGAUGAGCACAAGGCUUCCAACGCUCUUCACGCCUUCGCCAACGGCGCUUGGCUCGGUCUCAAGAUUGCCGGCAUGAUCAUUUCGACCCUGCUCUGCAUCAUCGCCUUCGUCGCCCUUGUCAACGGCUGGCUCAGCUGGUGGGCCUCGUACUGGGGCAUGCUCGGCGUCGACGCCAACGGCAACGGUGUUCCCAAGCUCACCCUCCAGCUCAUCCUCGGCUACCUGUUCUACCCCGUCGCGUGGCUCCUUGGUGUUCCCAACCAGGACCUGCUCUCCGUUGGCGAGCUGAUCGGCACCAAGAUCAUCAUCAACGAGUUCGCCGCCUUUGCCGCGCUCACCGACCCGAAGCAGCAUUACCACCUUAUGCUGCCUCGCUCGCAGCUCAUUGCCACCUACGCCUGCUGUGGCUUUGGCAACAUUGGUUCUCUUGGUACCCAGAUUGGUGUGCUUUCGCAGCUCGCCCCCAACCGCUCUGGCGACGUCUCGAAGCUCGCCAUCUCGUCCCUCAUCGCUGGCAUCAUCGCCACUCUCACUUCCGCGUCCGUUGCCGGUAUGCUGGCCACUGAUGGCAUCAUCCAGUCUACUCUGGGUGCCAUCAGCUCGUAA